AUGCUUUCGGUCGCGAACUAUUUGAAGAAGCCUCGGCGCGGUGAGCCACCACCCAGCGAUGUAGGGCCAGGGUCCGCAACCGAAACAGGUUCGGGGAUUGUGCAGUGCUUGAGAGUGAAGGGCUUUUGCGUCAUUAACCAUGCUGUCUCGGAAAAGAUGGUCGCAAGCGCAUCCGCCGAACUAGAAGCCCAAGAAUGGUACCAGCCGGCAGUCCUGAUUCAGGAAGGCUUGCUCGGCGUUGAGGGUUCAAAUCGAAUUGCCAAAAUGGCAUCAAUCGACUUUCCUGAAAGCAGCGAGCAGUUUCAGGAUGGCCUCGCAGGCAUAGAUUUUGCAAUGUGGAAGCUUGCGGAGGCCAUCGGCCCUUUCCAGGACGAGAUCGGCUUCCGAUGUUGCGGUCGGAGUGUGGGGUUCCUUCACCAGGCGAGCGACCCCGACUUAGAAGAGGCAGAGCUCACCGACCAAGAAGCCAGCGACUGGAGCGCCAUCUUCACAAGCAGAAAGAUUCUGAUUAUGGUCUGUUUAGGUCCUGGCAAAGGGACCCUAGAAAUGCAGCCCUACGAUGACGAGGCGAAUGUCUCAGAGAUCACCACAGUGCCCGGCCUUGUGGUCGUGCUCCGCACGGACCAGCUUUCCUUCAAGUUCUUCUGCAGAGGACGAGAGGCCACGCAUGUGGCCACCUCCUUCAUGCUGCAGAACGACAUUUUGCGAAUGCACAGAAACAAGCUGGAGGCGCACCUGACUCCACCCGCCCAAGAACUGGACCAAUGGAUCGACCAGCGCCUGCGGGAGAUCAAGGAGAUGGAGCCCGAGGAGCCGACAGAGGAUUGGACCGCCAAGGGAGACGUCCCCAGGAACUUUAUCCAUGCCGCGAAUCGGACUUGGUUCAAGCGCCAGACCACGGUCUGCAAGGGUGCAGCUGCCAGGUUACCAGUAACUUGGGAGCCGGAGGUGUUCUUCCUGGGCUUGACAGCAGGUGCUGACACAGUGAUCGAAGUUCCCAUCAUGCGAUGGGAGCAUGAUACUGUGUACGACCCUUCCCCCGAUGCGUGGAAGAAGGAUCCGCCCAUGACGAAUUGCAGGCACGCUUCCUUCGUUGACGGCGUUGAUCUUUUUGACAACAAGCUCUUUGGCUUGUCCCUGGCGGAGACCAAGGGCAUGGACCCUGGCCAACGCCUUGUGCUGGAAGUCACCUACGAUGCACUCUACAGGAGUGGCAUGCGGAAGAACACACUGAUCAACUCCACGUGUGGUAUGUAUGUUGGAACUUCCAUGAGCGAAUGGAACUCGGCGGAAAAGGCCGCAGAUGUUGGUAUCUUUGGUGCUACGGGAGGAGCUCCCAGUAUCACUGCUGGUCGUCUGAGCUUUUGCCUUGGAUGCAAAGGGGCCAGUUUAGCCAUCGACACGGAGGCCGCCUCCGGGCUGUCCGCUACCUUUUGGGCUGCCGAAGCCGUUGAGAAGAAGGGCGCUGGUCAUAUCCAGGAGCUCGCCUGCGGUAUCGGUGUGCACCUUUGCCUGGCAAAGGCAUGGUGGCCUGCCCACACUGCGGCCGGCUUCCUUUGCCCAGGGGGGCGGUCCUUCACCUUCGACGCAAGCGCACAGGGCCAUGUCAGGUCGGAAGGCGUUGGCACCGUCGUGCUUCGAUGUCAAGAGAAGAUGGACGGCCAGGAGGAGAAAGAUGACCAGUCGGUUGGUACCAUUGUGGGUGGUGCCACCCAGAACAGUGGCAAAAGCGCCGGAAUGACUGCCCCUUCCGGUCCUGCAGAGCAGGCUGUGCUGGUGGAGGCCUGCAGAAAGUCGGGCAUCACCACGUUGGACGUGGAUGUUGUCGAGUGCCACGGAUCGGGCCGCUUCAUUGCCGAUGCGAUCGAGGCUGCCUCCUGCGGCCGAGCCUUGAGAGACGGUGCCGACUCGAACGAGGAGGAGAUGUCGCAGCUCCAAGUCUCGCGAUGGCAUGCGCUCGCAAUGCAUCAUGGCCUGCGAGCUUUCGCGCGCCAUGCUGCAAGGGCAGGCCUGGCGGGCUCGCUGACCGUGCAGGCCCAGCAGCAUCGCCGCGAGCCGACUCACUGCUGUUGCUUGCCGCGAGCUUUCUCCCGGCAGCAGCUGGGCUGGGCUGGACAGCGAUCCAGAAGGUCCAGGGCCUGCGCCGGUGACAGAGAGCUGGUGCGAAUCGCAACUUUGAUCAACAAGCUUGUGGACAUGGACGGCUGGGACGAAGACCAAGAGCAGGAACUCUUUGAGCUCUCGGUGUCUGCUUGCCUGGAAGUGAUCUGCAAAGGUUUGGCACCGCCGCAUUACGACAUGCUCCACACGCCAAGAGGGCUGCUCGGCGAGAAGUCCGUGGCCCUCUUGACGGCGAACUUGGUGCAGCAGUGCCAGCGGGAGUGCACUUUCCCGUACAUGGACGAGCAGGACAAGAUGAGGACGAUUCGUGCUGUCGUCUGGGUCAUCGUGGGGUCUUUACAGCCUGGCCGGACACUCCGCUCCUACACCAAGGAGCUCUGUCGGGAUGAGGAGUCUACCCAGUCUGUGGUGGUGGAGGUUUUCAUCGAGGGGGCAAUGGAUGUUUUUUUCGACAGUGAGAUGCGCCACGCUUUGAUUCAGGACCUCAAGUCACAUAUCCCCGACCUCCCGCUGGUGCCGUUUCUCUUCGAGAACAUCGCUGAAUUUCUUAUGAAAACGUUCAGCGACACAUUACAUGAAACACUCAAAGAUGCAUACUUUGUUUUCGUCGAUGCUCGGAAGAAUCGUGAAGACCUUCCAGUCCUCCCGGCGGUUCUUUCUGGCGAUCUGCAAUUGCAAGAGAGCCUUCUGAUGCAAUACUGCGGCCGGCCCUUCAUGUUGCAGCUUCGACGUCUUCUCAUCGAUCGUUUGCUGGAGGACAACUCCAACAGCCUUCCUAUGUUUAUAUCCAAGCUGUCCUUGAGAACACAGGCCUUGGUCCUCGGUCGCUUCGUGGAUCUGCUGUUCAGGGCUUUGCCGGGAUUGGCCAAAAUCGAGGAUACCGUCCAGCCAUUCCACCGCUACAUGCAUGACUCCUCACGUGGCCUGCAUCUCCCGACGCCGGCACAUUCUGCUCCGAUUCAUGUAGACAUGGUGCCUUUGGAUGACCUCAGUACUGCUUGGCACAAGCAGUUGAGGGAGUCACUUGGACGAUGGCGAGACGCUUGUCGGCAACUGCAGGGCACAAUUUACGUCCGCGUCAUCUUUUCUUGCUGUUCCAUUGCAGUCAUUGUCGCUCAGGAUGCGUUUGCGCGGACGCGCCGGCCCGAGGAGUUCUGCCCGACGCUCAACAGAGAACGGCUCUUGGUCGGAAGCGAUGGUCCUGUCGGAAGCGGGUUGGCGCGCAGCCAGAGCUUCGAGAGCGCGGAUGAAAGCCCGGGAUCGAGCUCCACACCUAGGUCCAGCGACGCAUACUUCGAGCGAUACGAAGCCGAGCUUGAAGAGCUCCGACAGGAGGAUCUCCCUUUCAAGACUUUUCAGGCGAGCCCCAACAAUUUGGAGCGCUCACCGAGCAAAAAUUCAAUGUUGCAGCUGUGCAGCAUGAAGACCAAUGUCGGCAACUGCAUUGAGACUUCUGGCAUCGCAAGCUUGAUCAAGACAUUCCACAGCAUCAGGUGGGGCAUUGUGUGUGCAAACAACCACCUCAACCAGCUCAACCCACACUUGGACAUUUCAAGCUGCCCGCUCCUGAUGUGUACCGAGCCCACGGAGCAGAAGCUCAGCGCUGUCUUUGUGGGCGUUUCCUCCUGGGGUUUCGGAGGAACCAACGUCCACAUGCACUGCUACGGAGGCGUGGACGAGGAGAUCCGCCUUCCGCCAGAGCCAACCCCACAGGAGCUGAGACCAAGGCUGUCUUACUGGCCGAGUGGCGGUGGUGACCUGGGAAGCAUGAGCCGGCCGCGCAGGGGCUUCUUCAUCAUUGGCUCAUGGAGCGGCUGGACCGAGCCGGAGCCGAUGGAGGACGAAGGGGAUGGCUGCUACGGCUACACGCUUGUCCUCGGUGAUACGAGAUGGGAGCAAUUCCAGCUGCUCAUUGACAAUAGCUAUUCCAAGGUGUUACAUCCGCAGCGGUACAAGGCGCCGAAGGGAACCGAGGUGUUUGGGCCAACCCGUCAGGAGGAGGUCAUGCAGGACAGCACUUGGUUCGUGGAUGGACGACCCAACAACACCCAGAUCCGUGCCAUCACGGCUUCAGCAGGUGCGACGGCGGUGGCGACUCCAGAGCCUUUGACCUUCACCAACGAGGACGAGGGUCUGCCAGGUCAGCUGUACCGCAUUCGCCUGCAUAUUGCUGGCAAGUGGAGAACGGUCACAUGGGCGAAAGCGAAAGAGGCUCCACAGGGCCUUCUCGCCCUGAAAGGACCCGAGGCCAAGUACUACGUCGCAGGGAGCUGGAAUAACUAUCGUUUCGAAGAGAUGACGGCCGUGAGCGAUGGAACCUACACGUGCGAGGUGUCCCUGUCCUCUGGCCCCAAUCGGUUCCAGAUCACAAGGAAUGGUGACUGGCACCAAGCGAUUUUCCCAGUGUCACCAAAUGCUGGUCCAACCGUCGAGAUCGAAGGGCCAAGCGAUCGGAAAGAUCGACACUGGUUAGUCAGCGCGACUGCCGGCGAGAAGCUGAAGAUUACGUUCCAGCGCACAAUCGAUGCGUCGGGCAGCAGUAAGAUGAAGGUGCUCUGGGAGAAGUUGUAA